AUGGCACAGCCAAGAGGCUUCACCAUCUUUGCUCGCGCGUGGACGGCGUCUCCGCCCAGGAAAACAUACAUCCAGUCCAUCCCGUCGUUGCCGAGAUCAGAGGACGAGGAGAGCAUUGACUCGUUGUCCAGCGGCGAGGGCACAUAUACUCCAGGCUCCAUGUCGUCGACGAUGACGACCGUCUCUGUCACCUCGACACCCUCAGCGACAGAUGUUGCCACGGUUAAGCCACCCGCAUGGGGCAAAGUUGACUUUUCUGCCUUGGAAGAGAUCUUCUCCCAGGUGUCCACGACAGAACCUUCCCCAACAAGCUCGUCGUCUUCGUCGUCUUCGUCCCUGUGGUACAUCCUGACCACUGCGCUCCUGUUGGCUUUCCACAAGGAAAAGCUGAUCGGGGAGUUGUGGGGGUAUUUGAGCAGCAGCAGCAGCAGCAGCACGAGGGAUGGAUCUGCGCAGGAGGACGCGGACGCAGCGGAGACGGAGACGGAGGAGCUGGUCGCUGUCGCACGACGGAUCCGGGAGGCAUGCUUGAAGGCCAGUACGCUGGUGGGGUUUCCAAGGGCCAUCAACGCCCUCCUCACGCUCCAACAGGCCAUUGAGAAGACACACCCGGCCGUCUCGGCCGUCCUGGAAACAGACCAGUCACUCCGCGCUGCUGUCACCGCCACCACCGAGUCCGAGGAUGGAACCCAGCGAGACGCUACUGCUCCUGCUCCUGCUACCACCAAAGCCGCGCGCGGCAUGGCCCUUUUCUCGAGAAUCUACGCACAGCACACCCCGCGCGUCCUCUCCGCCAUGUCGCGCUGCUCGGGCGGCGACCUCACCCACUUCGCCAUCCACUGCAUCUACGGCGAACUCCUCUCCGAGGCCUCUGCUAUCGACGACCUCGCGACGGGUUUGUUGGAGUUUGUCUGCUGCCUCGCCGACGGGUGCGGGCCGCAGGCCAAGGGCCAUUUCUUUGGGUCGGUCAACCUCGGCGCGUCGGCGGGGUUGUUGCGCGCGGCGGUGGACCUGGCGGAUAGAGUGGCGGGGGCGGUGGGCGUGGAGAGGCCGUGGGUGGUCAGUGAUUAUGAUGGUGGUUGGGGACAAGAGGGUGAGGGUCAGGAUGGGGAGAGCGAGAGGAGUGAGUGGAAGUUCUUGGAGCGCGUCAUGCUUGAUUGA